AUGGUGCAGUUUUUGGCGCUAUUCAACACGCUGUCCAGUCGACCUGGAAAAAGGAAUAAUGAACCAUGUGUUGUAAGCAAAACUGCUCAUGACUUGGCCAAAGAAGCUAAAAAGAAGCAACUUUUGCUAACUUCUUGUGGCAUCGUUCGCGCUCAAAAGUCCGAAAAUUACACCGUGGCUUAUUCGAAAAGGGGGGAAAAAGGGAUUAAUCAGGAUCGCUUCGUGGUGUGGGAGGAGUUUGGGUGGCAAGAUGACAUGGUGUUUUGUGGCGUUUUUGAUGGGCACGGGCCGUGGGGACAUCUUGUGUCCAAAUGCGUUCGGCAGUUGAUGCCUUCUUUGUUGCUUUGCAACUGGCAAGAAGCUGCUGCACUAAAUGCUCACAAUCAAGAUUAUUACACCAAAAAUGGCCACACUCAGUUUGAUCUGUGGAAACAAUCUUAUUACAAGACAUGUGCUGCUGUCGAUCGAGAACUCGAGCACCAUCCUCGGCUAGACUCGUUUUACAGCGGCACCACCGCUUUGGCACUCGUUAGACAGGGAAACUUGAUGAUGGUUGCCAAUGUUGGUGACUCACGGGCCGUGUUAGCAACUACUUCAGAUGACGGGAAUUUGAUAUCGACGCAGCUCACAACCGACCUCAAACCAAAUCUACCAUGUGAACAUAAACGGAUAGCGCAAUCGAGAGGGAGAAUAUAUUCUUGCCCGGACGAACCUGGAGUACACAGAGUAUGGAUGCCAAGUGGGCAGAGUCAUGUGAAAGGCCCUGGUUUGGCUGUUUCAAGGGCCUUUGGUGAUUACUUCAUCAAAGGCUUUGGCCUUAUUUCUGAGCCUGAAAUUACACAAAGAUACAUAACCAGCAGGGACCAGUUUGUAAUAUUGGCAACCGACGGGGUGUGGGAUGUUAUUCCUAAUCAAGAAGCAGUUGAGAUUGUUUAUUCGGCACCAGAAAGGUCACAGUCGGCUAAGAGACUGGUCGAGCGUGCAGUUCGUGCCUGGAAACAAAAAGGCAGGGCUAAUGCAAUGGACGACAUUUCGGUUAUUUGUCUGUUUUUUCACGCUCAUCCAACUAAUCGAGCAUCAGUAGACGACGUGAAGAUAGACAAGAAUCGACAAUAA